AUGGCUGGUUCUCCACGAUUCUCCGCAUGGCAAUGGUUCAGCUCUGAGAACGAAGCCUUUCUGGUUUAUCAUCUUCGUCGUCGUGGUCAUGAGCUCCUCCUCUAUGCCCAUUCACUCCCAGCAUCCCCUCUCCCCGACGACCCAGACACACCGGCAACCUUCCAGAGCUGGCACGUCUUCGACCCCUCUUCUGAUCGCUGGAAGCCACAGCAGACGGCCCCGAUCUCCACCACCCAUGAGACCCUAGUGCAAAGCACCAGCGAGUCUCCGGCUCAACGGCCUCCCCUCACCCUCGUGACAUGGAACGUAGACGCCUUUGCCAAGUUCCCCGAUGAGCGAAUCGCAGCCAUCGUCGCCACCCUGCGCAACCUCACCCCCACGCCCAACAUCCUCUUCUUCCAAGAAGUCUCCCGCGCCACGCUGAAACACCUCCUCGACGAUCCCUGGGUCCGCGAGACCUGGUUCUCCAGCGAGGGCAAUUUCAACAGCUAUGGUGGUCAAGCCUUUGCAACCAUGACCCUCUUGUCUAAAGCUACCUUCAGUCCAGCAGACACGAAUACCGAUAAGAUCGCCAUCGGCCCCGUCUGGCGCGUUAAAUACCCCAGCAAAUUCGAACGCGACGCUCUGUGCUGCGAUAUCUUCCCCCCGUCAUCAUCAUCAUCAUCAUCAUCAUCAUCAUCCGUUUCACGUGCUUAUUCUCGUGUUCGUUUGAUCAACGUGCAUCUGGACUCCCUCCCCACCCAGCCGAGCCGCCGCCCCCGCCAGCUCAGAUACAUCGCUGACAGCCUGCGCCUCGCCGGACGCGGGUUUGUGGCUGGUGACUUCAACCCCGUUCUGCCGGAGGAUGAUGCUCUCGUCGCGGGCAACGGGCUGGUCGAUGUUUGGGAUGCGUUGCGUCCGGGCGAGUCUGGCUUCACUUGGGGCAUCGAUGGGAGGGAACCCUUUCCCCCUGGAAGACUGGACAAGGUCGCUGUGCUGGGGCUGGAGGGGUCGGAAAUUGAGGUGCUGCAUCCGGACGCGCUGCAGGCUGGGGGGGAGGGCCCGUUCCGUCGUACUUUGGACCCGCCUUUGCCUUGGAGUGAUCAUUCGGGGUUGAGGUGUUGUUUAGGGUAG